AUGUGGCAUGCAGCGAGACAACAAGAGAAAAAAAUAAAGGUGUUGAUGGUUGAUCACAAAAAACGAGCCGAAAGACGUAAAGCAUAUUACGAAUCUCGGCUUGGUGACCCUAGUCAACUACUUCGUCUAACAGGAACUGGUAUAAAACUUUAUCCAGACGCCGAACAGCACUUUUAUUAUGAAAACCCUGAAAAGUCACUAAUGACUUGGGAAGGCGAUAAUGAAACUAGAAUUGAUCGCUUCGACGGACGUUCGCUUUUGGACUUUCUUCCUGUUGAUUUUCCCAACGUGAAUCAACAAAUGCCAAAUGAUGAACGUGAUAUUCAAGAGGAGUUGAAUUUCGAAAGGUUUCGCGAGUUGGUAGAAAAUGAGCGGCGUAAUGUGUCAGAAAAAGAGUGUCUAGAAGAAAACGAAGCUGAAUGGACAAGCCUUCUAGAACGGCAUAAAGCGUUAAUGAAAAAAUUGCAAGAUCACAAACCGGAGAGCAGCACCAAAUCCGGCUUCUGUUAUGAUUAUGGAACUGAGAAACGCAAUGCAUCACCAAGUGACGAAGAAGAGACUCACGAGGAUAUUUUAGAUUAUGUCGAAAAUCUUACUGAAAAGGAUCGGCAAACAUUAAACGAAAUGGGCCGACAAUACAACAUUCCAGAUUACACAAGACUUUUGCGUGUUGCUAAACGCGAUAGACAAGAAAAAGCCAAUGAACUCAAAGAAACUGAAAAGAUCAAGGAGAGAAAAUCUCGUCGCCAUUCUCAUGGAUCACGAAAGGGACGACGAAGAGAUAAGAGAGCUUUUCAAAAUAGAUCUUAUUCCACGCGAGAUUCUCCCACUUACGAACCUUAUACCGAUACUGAUACUUCUAGCAGUUCGUCCGAAGACCGAAGCAACAAAGAUAAUAUCGAUGCUAAUGAAGAAGACUUUAUUAUUAGAUUUGGUGAUUCAGAAGAAUCUCCUCUUCCCGAAUCACAAAAUUCUAUUAUUAUCCCAAACACGAGUGAUGUACAAAUUUCUGCAUCUUCCCUAUCGCGAACACGGAAACUAGGAUCUGUGAAACCCACAUCUACGGGAUCCGGAGCAGGUUCAGUUUCAGUUCCCUCAAAAGCUGUACCACAAAAAAAAUUGUCUCCGGCUGAAAAAUUACGGUUAAGAACGCAAAUGGGUUUAAAUAAGCAAAGUAAGAUUCAGACUCGUCUGACUCAAGAGGAAAUAUCUCUUGUCUCUACCCAAAUCGUGACUCGAAAUUUGCAAAGCCUUUCAAAUAUCAGAUCACGAGACUCGUUAAAUCGUGGAAGACGAAAGUCUAAUGUUUCAUCUUCGCGAUCUCGCUCGAGGUCUCACUCAAGAACCCGACGUCCGCGAGACUCGUUAAAUCGUGGAAGACGAAAGUCUAACGUUUCAUCUUCACAAUCUCGCUCGAGGUCACGUUCAAGAACCCGACGUCCGCGAGACUCGUUAAAUCGUAGAAGUCGAAAGUCUAAUGUUUCAUUUUCGCGAUCUCGCUCGAGGUCACACUCGAGAACCCGACGUCCGCGAGCCUCGUUAAAUCGUGGAAGACGAAAGUCUAAUAUUUCAUCUUCACGAUCUCGUUCGAGGUCACAUUCAAGAACCCGACGUUCAAGAAGACAGCGUUCGCUAUCGAAUUCACGCUCACCAUCAUAUAGGCGAAGAAGUCGUUCAAUAUCGAGGUUGAUUUACUUUCGACACUUUAAAUUAUCGUUAAAUAUAGUAGUUCAUAUAGCAGUGGUCGACGUUCUCGAAGCAUUUCCCGGUCACGAUCUUCACCGAGAAGCAGAUCUCAUUAUUCUUCUUCAAGUUAUCAGAAAAAAAGGCACUCGAGAUCGAGUUCUUCAGAUUAUCUUCGUUCUCGAACGAAACGGAAAUUUUCAUCUUCGCGCUCUAGAACUAGAUCUUCAAGUAGAUCACGUGAAAGAACGCGUAGAUAUUCAAGAUCGCGCUAAUAGCAAUAUAAAAUCGAAGCGACGCUCUUCUGAAUCGUCACGUAAGCGCAGUGAAAGUAGGGAGCAUAAACGUCGAAGAUGA